CGAUCUCCUUUUGCUGCUUCUUCCCUGUCCCCGCCCCCGAUCCAUGGGAUGAGAUAAACCCUAGUUCCGUGGAAACCGUAAAUCACGUGUACUUCGCUGACUGAAUCCGUAAGAGAGUCUUCGAUCCGGUGUAGCACAUCGAUAUUACCGAUGAUUGCGGACUUAAUUCAAGCUUAGGAGUUUCUCGUUCCGGACGAAUCCGUCUAUCGCUUUCGUUAUUCGGUUGGGAGCAGAGUUCCUUCUUUUCUUGAUGUUGCUGUGAGAUAAAGCGAGAUGCCGAAGUCGUAGCCACCGAAUGGACCACAGACGUGCCGAUUGCUGAGUCCUUCCAUCGGCAGCGGCCGUGACGAUCCCCAGAUGCCGAUCGAGCAGGAUAAGGACCAGGAGGUGCAGGCCGGCAAUGGCGAGGAUUUGGUGGAGGGCCCAGUCAGGGUUUGCAUAAAGAAGACCCUUAUGGCUGGAUUAUGCCAUAAUUGUGGAAUCAGCGCAAAGCUUACAUGCCAUAUGCGAAGCGGCCCAGAGGGACGACGAACACUAUGCAAUGCUUGUGGAAUUGCUUGGAGAAAGGGAAAACAGAGAAAAGUUAUAGACUAUGAAGUUCCAAUGAAGGACUUGGUAAAUACAAAAAUGGUGCCAGAAGUCGACAUGGAAUUUGAAAAUGAAGACAAAGCAUAUGAAUUCUACAACAGAUAUGCUGGGAUGAUAGGAUUUAGUGUACGGAAAGGUUGGAUAGAUAAAUCAUCUGACAAAAUUACUCGAUCCAGAACACUUGUUUGCUCAAGAGAAGGAUUUCGUAAAGACAAAAAGGGAGCCAAGGAAGUAAAGAAACCACGACCAGAAACUAGAAUUGGUUGCCCAGCACGUUUGACCAUUAAACUUAGACCUAGUGGUACAUACCGUGUUACUGAAUUUGUGCCAGACCAUAACCAUCAGCCUGCACCCCCUUCAGCUAUGCACAUGUUAAGGUCUCAAAGGGUACUGACUGAAGUUCAAGCUGCCGAGGCAGAUUUAUCUGAUGAUUCUGGAACCACUCCAAAAUCAGCUAACCAGCAAACAGGCAGACAGGUUGCAGGUUCUCGAAGUGUCAGAUAUCUUCCCGUAGAUCACAGAAUGGGUCUUCGCACAAAACGUAUGAAGCCUAUGCAGAUGGGAGAUGCAGAAGCUGUACUGAAGUACCUACAAAACAUGCAACUUAAUGACCCAUCUUUUUUUCAUGCAAUACUAAUUGAUGAGGAUGAUAAAUUGACCAAUAUUUUCUGGGCAGAUGCGAAGUCUAUGUCUGACUUCAACUACUUUGGUGAUGUUGUUUGUCUAGAUACAACUUACAGGGUGAAUGGAUAUGGUAGGCCAUUUGCACCUUUUCUAGGUGUCAAUCACCACAAGCAAAUAGUUAUUUUUGGUGCAGCUCUCCUGUAUGAUGAAACCAUGGAGUCUUUCAAGUGGUUGUUUAAUACUUUCAAGAUUGCAAUGCGUGGAAAACAACCAAAAACUAUCCUGACGGACCAGUCUAUGUCGAUAAGCAAUGCGCUAAAUGCAGUUUGGCCAGGUACCAGUCAUCGUCUUUGCGUGUGGCAAGUCUAUCAAAAUGCUGUUAAGCAUCUUAACAAUGUGUUCCAAGGUUCAAAGACUUUUGCAAAGGAUUUUGGUAGGUGUAUCUUUGACUAUGAAGAUGAGGAAGAGUUCUUGCCAGCAUGGCAGACAAUGCUAGAAAAGUAUGAUCUUAGAAACAAUGAAUGGUUGGCAAAUCUUUUUGGAGAUAGGGAGAAUUGGGCCUUGGCAUAUGGCCGAGAAACACUUUGUGCUGAUAUGAAAAGCACGCUACAAAAUGAAAACUUUAGUUUGCUAAAGAAGUACCUGACACCACAACUUGACCUGCUGUCGUUUUUUAAGCAUUACAUGAGGGUGGUGGAUGACCAUAGAUAUGCUGAACUGCAAGCUGAUUUCCAUGCGAGCCAAAGUGUUCCAAGAAUACCUCCUUCAAAAAUGUUGAGGCAAGCAGCUUCAUUGUAUACUCCUGCAGUGUUUCAAAUGUUUCAUAAAGAGUUUGAGGUAUUCAUGGAUUGCAUGCUAUUCAGCAGUGGUGAGGUUGGGACAAUAUCAGAAUAUAGAAUCACUGUUGGUGAUAAUCCAAAAGAAUACUUUGUUAGGCUCGAUUCAACUGAUUGUUCAGUUGCCUGCAGUUGUAAAAAAUUUGAAUUUGUUGGGGUUCAUUGUGGUCAUGUAUUAAAAGUACUUGAUGUUAGAAACAUUAAAGAGCUACCAGAACGGUAUUUCUUGAAGAGGUGGAGAAGGGAUGCUAAGACUGAUACAGAGUCCGACCCUGGAGGGGUUACACUUGAUGGCGACCCUAAGUCUCCUGUAACAACUCUAAUGCAUGCACCCUUCUCCUCAUAUGUUCAUCACCUAGGAUCUCGUGCAAUAACUCAAUUUAGUGAGGAAUCUCCAGCUUCUGAUUCACAUCAACAAUUACUCCAUGGCGCUGCUCAGUUAAGUCAGGGUUAUACAACACCAAAUCUGCAUUCACAACCAAUUUUCACUAAUUCUCAGUUGAAUCACUAGAGCAACCACAACCUGGGCAUAAAUCUCAACUCCAGAUUGCUGAUGAUAAUGUGCUACACUGCAGAUCAUUACUUCAUGAUGGUAUAAAAUAUGGGUGUCCAUCUCAUCGUUUUGAUUUCUAUCCCACUGAAAAGAGCAUAUAUGCUGCACAACAUCUGCUAUAUUUGAUUGGCAGAGGAUGGUGAGUCCCUAAAUCUGAUGGCUGCCUCUGUUGAGUGUGACGUAAUGAUGAUGCUGUUUGUCUUUGUUUACAUAUGCUGGGUAAUCAUAGUUGCUAGCACUAACUGUAAGAACCAACACUGUUAUGUGUAGCAUUAUGUGGGAUGGCAGCAUGCAGCUCCUGGGACAGUUGUA